GUGUUCAUUGACUCUCACUGACUUACUCCAGUAUGGCAAGAUCACACAAAGCCGUCUGUCGUUACACCGGAGAUCUCGUGAAUGAAUCGUGACUCAGCUGCACUGAAUCACCGGAUACAAUGAGAAUCUAAUGAGAAAUCAGAGGCUGAGAUGAGAGGCUGAUGUUGGCGGGUUUUUAACAGGAUCCGAGCUGCGGAAAUUCGCUCCGGCCUCUUGAUGCUCUUCACCUGACUGACCUACAGCAGAGAUCAGGAUGAUAGAGGAGAGACGGAAGGGGAAUGUCAUGGCCGACAAGAAGCAGAUCUUCACGGACAUGAAGACGCAGAAUUAUGACACCAUCCAGCUGUCCACAUACCGCACCGCUUGCAAGCUCAGAUUCAUUCAGAAGAAAUGCAACCUGCAUCUGGUGGACGUGUGGAACAUGAUCGAGGCGUUCCGUGACAACGGUCUGAACACGCUGGACGUCUGUACCGAGAUCAGCGUGGCUCGGCUGGAGACCAUCAUCACCUGCAUCUACCAGCAGCUAAACAAACGGCUGCCCACCACACACCAGAUCAACGUCCAGCACAACACCAGCCUGCUGCUCAACUUCAUGGUGGCAGCACACAACAGUGAUGCUCAGGGAAGGCUGAUGGUGUUUUCAGUGAAAGUGAUGCUCUCAGUGCUGUGUGGAGGGAAACUGGUUGAUAAACUUCGCUAUAUUUUCUCUCAGAUAUCAGAUACUCAUGGUGCGAUGGUGAUGUCCAAGUUUGACCACUUCCUGCAGGAGGUGCUGAAGCUGCCCACUGCCGUGUUUGAGGGGCCGUCGUUCGGCUACAUGCAUCACUUCGCCAGAUCCGGCUUUCCUCAACAAAAGAAGGUGAUGCUGAACAUGUUUCUGGAUACUCUGAUGUCAGAUUCUCCUCAGUGUCUCAUUUGGCUUCCUCUGCUGCAACGGCUAGCAAACGUGGAGAACGUCCAUCAUCCGGUGGCGUGUUCUUUCUGUCGGUCGGAGGGCAUGGUGGGAUUCCGUUAUCGCUGUCAGCAGUGUUUUAAUUAUCAGCUGUGUCAGAACUGUUUCUGGCGAGGUCAUGCAAGCGGAAACCACAACAACCAGCACGAGAUGAAGGAGCAUUCGUCCUGGAAAUCUCCAGCUAAGAAGCUGGGUCAUGCCAUCAGUAAAUCCUUGGGCUGUGUGCCGAGCAGAGAGCCAUCCCACCCUGUCUACCCAGAAUACCCCGAGAAGCCCCUCAACCUCUCCAAUAUAGUUCCUCCCCGUCCAAUAGGAAACAUGAAUGAACCAGUUCUGCCCCCGUCUGCAGGCCCCAGCCCCACUAAGAGACCGCCGACUCUAGCCACAGCUCAGCGUAUGAAUGAGGAACACGCUCUGAUCGCGGCGUAUGUGAAUAAACUCCAGAGCAGCCCACGUGCGUUAGACAGUCCUAGCCGAACGGAUGAAGAGCACAGACUCAUCGCUCGUUACGCCUCUCGUCUGGCCACGGAUCCUGGACAUACAGGAAGACCUUCAGACUUCAGCUACAACACCAACAAACAGCAGAGAGAGCUGAUCAUGCAGCUGGAGAACAAGAACAGGGAGAUUUUACAGGAGAUCCAGCAUUUGCGAGCAGAGCAUGAACAGGCAUGUCAGCCGACUCCAGAGAGAGUCCAACAAAACCCGACCCUGCUGGCAGAACUCAGACAGCUCAGGCAGAGGAAGGAUGAGCUGGAGCAGAGGAUGUCGUCUCUACAGGAGAGCAGGAGAGAGCUCAUGGUGCAGCUGGAAGGACUCAUGAAACUACUGAAGGAUGAGGAGCAGAGACAAGCUGCUCAAGCUGCUGGCUCCUCCCCCAGCCAUGCCUCCCCUCGUUCUGUGCCAAUGCCCAUUCGCUCUCCUUCCUCUGGCUCCACCCCCACACACGCAGGCCACACCCCCACACACGGACCCCAGGACUCUUUAGCUGGAGUGGGUGGAGAUGUUCAGGAAGCAUUUGCUCAGGGACCUCGCAGAAACCUGCGAAAUGAUCUCCUGGUGGCAGCAGACUCCAUCACAAACACCAUGUCUUCACUGGUCAAAGAGCUCAACUCGGUAGAAGAUGGAGGAGAGGAGGAUGAGAGACUGCUGCAGAAUGGCAAAGACAGAGGUUAAGCCAGAUAUGAAGCAAGCAGUGCCAUGUGUGGUGUCACCAUGCAAACGCAUCAUCACCACAAAGACAAUGACCUCUGAACCCAGACUCAGCCAAUCAGCAAGAGUUCAGGGAUUUGAGUUCCUGUGGAUUGCUUGAGAAGGAAAAUGUUUUGUUGUUUUCAAUGUUUUUUACGCUUCUUUGUUUUUAGAUGCAGGUUUAAGGGGUCUGUGUUGCAGACCUGCUAAUUUGACUAGCUAUGUUCGUUUGAUUUUGUAGCUGAUUUUGUUCAAGUUUGAAAGCUUUUGAUGCACCCAAAGAUGUGUCAGAUCUGUCGAGAACGAGACUGAGGUGGGAACGAAAUGGAACGGAACGCAAUAGAAAGUGAUGCAUGAUUGAAGGACGAGCGUGACGAGUUGACUGGCUGGCUGAGGUAUGUGGGCGUGGCUUGCUUGAUGUGGAUGUGGACAUGUUGAUUUCGAGGACGCAGUUGCUGCGAAUGCAGUAUAAAGACCUUCCAAAGGAACUAAAUUAAAGAAAAGGGUCAAGUUCAGUACUGUAAUUUAUUUUCAAUUCAUUUUUUAAUUUAUUUUCAGUAGCGGACAGCAUUUUUAGCAGCUUUUCGGUGUACAUUUGUGGAAAUGUUUUGGUCAUUUCAAAUACUCGAUUUCAGAUUUUCAAGUCUGAUACAGCAUUUAUGUAUAUUUAAGAUCAAAUUGAUUUAGUUUUAUAGAUUUUCGAACUGGUACUAUAAUAAAGAGGCGGAUUAUGUACUGUGGUUCUAUUACUGGAGAAUUUUAGCCAUUGUUAAUUUUGUAGAUUUUUUUCUAGAAGCACUGUUUGUAGUCAAUAUUUCCUGUGAACAGACAUUUCUGACCUACAAACAUUGCACACACACGUCUGAUCUGCUGUGUGUUUUUCUCGAGGUGUGUGUGUAUCUGUGUGCCUCUAUAAUCGUGUG